GGAGCGGGAGGCGUUGACCCGGUGGGCGCUGUCAUGGAGCUGGUGCAGCAAGCGCGGGAACUGGGACGCUGGGCGGCAGAAGAGAUGGGGGUCCCCGUGGCCGCCCGAGCCCCGGAGUCGACGCUGCGCAGGCUGUGUCUGGGCCAGGGGGCUGACAUCUGGGCCUACGUCUUGCAGCAUGUGCACAGUCAGAGGAGUGUCAAGAAGAUCCGGGGAAACCUACUGUGGUACGGCUACCAAGACAGUCCAGAGGUCCGUCGGAAGUUGGAGCUGGAAGCCACUGUAGCCCGCCUACAGGCAGAGAUCCAAGAGUUAGACCAGAGUCUGGACCUGAUGGAACGAGAGACCGAGGCUCAGGACAUGACCACAGAGCAGGCCCUGCAGAGCAUGCGAGACACCCAGCAUCGAGCUCUUCUCCUCCGGGCACAAGCUGGGGCUGUUCGAAGACAGCAGCGAGGGCUGCAAGAGCCUGUGCAGCGGCUGCAGAAUCAGCUUAGACGCCUGCAGGACAUGGAGAGGAAUGCCAAGGUGGAUGUGACCUUUGGACCCCUGAUGUCAGCAGCCAUGGCCCUGGAGCCUAUAGUCUUGCGUGAUGUCCGAGCAGCUUGCAUUCUCCGGGCCCAGUUCCUGCAGAACCUCCUGAUUCCCCCAUCCAGAGGAGGCUGUGUCCCAAGCUCUCGUGAUGACUACUUUGGAACUUCCUACCAGCAGUGGCUUAGCACAGUGGAGACUUUGCUGACAAAUCACCCCCCAGGCCACGUCCUGGCUGCUUUGGAGUACCUGGCAGCAGAGCGGGAGGCAGAGAUCCAGUCCCGGUGCAGUGGAGAUGGUCUCAGAAAGGUGGCAUUAUCCAGACCCCAGGCACAGGACCAGUUCGACUCUUGCCAGGCCCUGCCAUCCAUGGUGCAUCUCAUCCAGGAAGGCUGGCAGACCGUAGGUGCACUGGUUACCCAGCGGGGUGCCCUCCUGAAAGAGCAUCAAGUCCUGACUGGCUGCCUCCAGGGCUUGGUGGAGGAGAUGGAGAAAUGUGUCCAGCAUUCCAGCAAGAGGAAGGCGCUGAUGCUGGGGCUUCGGCGCUGUGGUCUGCGGGCAGAGCUCAAGGCCCUGCGCGCCCAGAGCCAGGAGCUGGAGGAUGCAGCUGGGCAUCGGCAGCUACUGCUGAGGGAGCUACAGGCCAAGCAGCAGCGGAUCCUGCGCUGGCGCAGGCUGGUGGAGGAGACCCAGGAACAGAUUCGCCUGCUCAUCAAGGGAAACUCAGCCAGCAAGACUCGCCUGGGCCGGGGCCCCACAGAGGUACUAUCUCUGGUUCAGCGGAAAGUGGUCCCCACCUCUGAGGCCGUGGCACCACAGAGCCAGGAGCUUCUCCGCGGCCUGGAGGAGGCAACCCGGCAACUGCCACACAUUCUGCUGGGCUCCUUACUGAGGCACAGCCCUGAAGGGUCGAAGCCACUGCCUACGAUCCUACCUUCCAUCUACCAGCUGCACCCCGCAUCCCCAAGGGGCUCCAGUCUCAUAGCGCUGAGCCACAUGCUGGGCCUGCCCUCAGGGAAGGCACCAGAGCUGCUCCUCCUACAGGCUGCCUCUCUUCACCAGGACCUUCUGUUCCUCCAGGACCAGCAGAGUCUCCGCCGUGGGGAUCUUCUCCACAUUAAGACCAGUCUGCUGCCAGGACUGUCCACCCAGGAGCUGCUGCAGAUGCAGGCAUCCCAGGAAAAAGACCAGAAGGAAAACCUGGGGCAGGCUCUGAAGAGGCUGGAGACCUUGCUGAAGCAGGCACUGGAGCGAACCCCUGAACUACAGGGAGUUGUGGGGGACUGGUGGGAGCAGCCAGGCCAAGCCGCCCUCUCUGAGGAGCUCUGCCAGGGCCUGUCCCUGUCCCAGUGGCAGCUGCGCUGGGUCCAGGCCCAGGGGGCUCUGCAGCAGCUGUGCAGAUGAAGAAAGAGUUCAAAACAGUCAAGAAUUUCACAUUUGUGGAUUGGAGGCAUUGCUCAAGUGGUAGAGCGCCUAUCUAGCAAGCAGGAGGCCCUGAGUUCAAACCCCAG